AUGACGGUAGGGGCAAGCUCCGGAGGAGGGAGCGAGAAGCUUCCAAUAGGCUGGAUAGUGGGUGGCUUAGCCAUCGUAGCAUAUGUGGUGAAUAUUUAUGGCUUAUAUAGAAUAUUUAAUGAGAAGCCCCCAGCUAUCCGAAGGGGCCUCCCUACGACCAAAAGUAUCCAGGUAUUAUACCAAAUAGCCGGGACCCACCCAGAGUGGAUGGAGUAG